CAACGGGACUCAACUUACUACUUACUGGACUCGCCAUGGCCGCUUGACCCGGGCUGAAAUAUACCCUCCUUGCGUUAUCAUUUCCCCGGGACAUUUGCACAAACUUUUCCAGGCGAACUUUCGUCUUUUGUAUGGUUUUUAUGUCAAGAAGUAAGGAUGCAACCCCCACCGAGAAAGGUCCGGGUCACCCAGGAGCUGAAACACACUCAUGCAGAGCAGAUGAGCAGAUUACACAUCAAACACCAGGCAGAAUGUGACCUCCUGGAAGACCUGAGGAGUUUCAGCCAAAAGAGGGCAGCUGUAGAGAGAGACUACGCCCAGGCCCUCCAGAAGCUGGCAAACCAGUAUCUAAAGAGGGAAUGGCCAGAUAGUCUGACAGAAGAACAAGCAGACCACAGGAACAUGUUUUGCGUGUGGAGGGCCUAUUUGGAGGGAACAGUCCAGGUCACCCAGUCCAGAAUCAGCACCUGUGAUAACUACAAAGUCCAGGUUGCUGAUCCAGCCAAGACGGCCAGACUGCAGAAGGAGCAGCAGCUGAGGAAGUGUAUUGAACAGCUGACGGUCGUCCAAGCUGAGCUGCAGGAGUCGGUGAAGGAGCUGACGAAGAGCAGGAAGAAAUACCAGGAGGCUGAGACGAUGGCACAGGCUGUCAGGGAGAAGGCAGAGCUGGACGCCAAGUCCAAGCUGAGUCUCUUCCAGUCCAGAUCCAGUCUGCAGAGGGCAAGCGUGAAGCUGAAAGCCAAGAGGAGCGAGUGUAACUCCAAAGCCACCCACGCCAGAAACGACUACCUUCUCACGCUAGCAGCCGCUAAUGCUCACCAGCAGCGUUACUAUGACACAGACCUCAUGGACUGCAUCAAGGUCUUAGAUGGCAGAAUCUACGAGCAGGUAAAAGAUUACCUGGUGUCACUGUGUCAGACGGAGCUGGAGGUUUACCAGGCUGUUCACAACACCUUCAACCAGCUCCUGAACAGCUCAAAUGGCGUAAUGCAGGAGUUUCACCAGCAGCUGUUUGCACAGAAAAACCCCAUGUUUCAGCGAGCCCCGGACUUCCUGUACCAGCCCAUCGACUCAGAUACGGUGAUGCAGCUGCAGAAGGAGAGUGGGACGGCGGAGGAGCACAGCCUGGAUAAGGAGGCGAGGAAAUGGGCGAGCCGCGUGGCCCGAGAGUACAAGAGCAUCAUCCACACACAGAGGGCCCUGGAGGAAUAUGGGACGCAGGAAUCGUCAGAGCAAAACAACAGCGAGCUGGAGACAAAGAUGGAGGUGGCCAGGCAGAGCCUCCGGAGGGCAGAGACGGUGAAGGUGAAAGCAGAGGCCCGUCUGGACUUGCUGAGGGAGGCGGGAGUGGCCGUUGAAACGUGGCUGAAGAGUGCGAUGAACCAGGUGAUGGAGGAGCUGGAGAACGAGCGCUGGAACAACCUCAGUACCCAUGAUCCUUCACUCUCUGGGACGGCAGAUUUGGAGCGAGAGGACGAGGAGGAGAUGGAGGACAGUGGUGAAGUGUUGGACGACAGCAGUUCCAGUCCCUCCAGCACCUUGAAAAACUAUCCCCUCACCUGCAAAGUGCUCUACUCCUACAAGGCGUCUCAGCCAGAUGAACUGACCAUCGAGGAGCAGGAAAUCUUGGAGGUGAUUGACGACGGAGACAUGGAGGACUGGGUCAAGGCCAGAAACCGCAGUGGACAGAUUGGCUACGUCCCGGAGAAGUACUUGCAGCUUCCUUCCUCCAACAGCCUGCUGAGCAUGCUGCAGUCUCUGGCUGCACUGGACGCCCGAUCCCAUUCCUCCAGUAACUCCACUGAGCCUGAAACCGAACUACCAACCGGCUCAGUCAACGGAGACUCCAGUGUGUCAUUUGCGAAGGCCCUGUACGACUACGCGGGACAAACGGAUGAUGAGCUGUCGUUUCCAGAAGGCGCCAUCAUCCGCAUCCUGAGCCGUGAGACCCACGAGGACGACGGUUUCUGGGAGGGAGAGUUUAACGGCGUCGUCGGCGUCUUCCCUGCGGUUCUGGUGGAGGAUCUCGCCGGUGCCAGCGAGAAUGGAGAUGGACAGCGAGACGGCAGUGCACAGGCCUCCCCCUCCACUCUGGCUCAGUGCGACCGAUCCCCUCGUAGUCCCUUCCAGCCGGGGCCUCUCCACAGCAGCCCGCUUCAGACGCCAACCAUGUCCUCCCCUCUGGCAAGUCCCUGCAGCGCCACAGCCUCUCCCAUUGGCCGACCUCCCGCCUACCACAACGGGCAUCACAGACCGCCGCCAGCGCCACACAAAAGCCCCUUUCAGAGUCCAGCCCAAGGAUCCCCACAACCUCCCAAAUACCCAGAGAGUGGAUCAGGAACCAUUCGACCUGUUCGUGCUGCUCCUCCACCCCCGAAGCAGCACCCUCGCGGGCAGGUGAAGCGGAGAGAGGAGGUGGAGAUCACGCUGGUGUGAAGGCGGCACCCUGGUGGUGGCGGCGGCGGCAGCGUUGGCUCUGUUCGAACCCGCCAGGACUCGGCGGCUCCGUGCCUCUUAACGCACUCCCAAAGGAAACCCGAGGAAACUCAAACCCCAACCCACACCCAGAGUCCGGGAGAGGCCCUCCACCCUGUCCUCGCAGGGUCAGUGUGCUGUGGAGGAAUAUUGUGCCUUUCUUGUUUCAUUUCCUCUCCUGUUCAGUUUUCUCAUUGCUCAUACUCACUUACCGAGGGUUUUUUCUCAUGUUAGAAUGAGACCGAUAAACAGGACUAAUUAUAAGUAUAAAUCUUCUUGUCCUCAUUGUCCAGCUCUUUUGCCAGGACAUGAAUUUUCAGUCUUAAAGAAACACAGAUCCUGUUUCUUUGCUGUUGCUCAUAGUAACUGAUGCAGUGACAACGCAACCGGUCACAGAUUAAUAUAAUGUCCCUGUGCAGAAAACAGAAAUACAGUGAAACUCAUUCAAGUAAGAAAUUAAUAUCAACAGAUUUAUCAGUAAGUAAAGAUGACUUUAUUCAGCCACAACAGUUUUAAAGGGACAGUUGGAGCCAGGAGGAGAUUAGUUUAAAUCAGCCAGCUCUGCCUCUCAUAUCGCUCAGCCCCAUGUCUGACUAUAUCAUUUACUGUGCGGCUCUUUCUCUCUUAUUUCCAUAACCUGAUGUUGAGCCGUCGCCAGUUUUCUCAUUUGGAUGACAUCUAUGCAACAGAGCUUCAAACACAAACCAAAAGUCCGGUUUUGUCUCCGCAGUCGAUCAAAGUCGAUCCAGCAGCAGCAGCAGCAUCAGGCGAGGCUGGUCCUCUCCUCGAACACACGUACUGUAGCUGCUCACAGUUACCUAAACAAGGGAAAAGUGGCAAUUUUAGUUUGAGUGAUUGUUUGUGUCAGUAGGGAGAAUCUCCUAGAAGAGUCUGAUCAAAAUAAUAGAUUCUUUACAUUUUUACGGUUAAUUUUUAAACCCUUCUUCUUGUAUUAGUUUUCUUUGCACCAAAUGCGAAGAAAUUCCUCCAAACAUUUAAGGGAGAAAAGUAGUGCGUACAAACGUAGCCUAACCUUUAUUUUUUUUUCUUCUCGUGUUGUAAAAUAAAGAUCUAGAAAUGUUAUUACGACUCUAAUGUUGCCAGUGAAGUUUUGCUGGUGGUUUGCUGAGGAGCAGGUUGCGGUCGGUGACAGUUAACACUGAGGAAAUGUGCAGUUUAAACGCGCCUUUAUUUUUAAGGUGGAAACCAUCCUGAGCUGCUAGCUAGUCCAAUUAAAAAAUAAUAAAAUAAAACAAAAAAUAAAAAAAAUCUAUACUGUCAUAGUGAAGCACUUUUUGAUGUCUUCUUAUUCCUUUUCAGUAUUGUGGAUGCUACGUUGUUUGUUCAAUAUUUCUUGUUUGACGUUUUGUUUACCAGCUAUAUUGUAUGAUUACUUUUCUUUUAUCGGCUCUUGCGUUAUUUAGCCUUAAAUAGCCAUUGUAGUGUCUUUGAUUGAGAUUGAGAAAUGACCGUUUGAUCGUAUUGUUUUUGAAAUAUUAAUAGUUUACAGAGAGCUUGGAGAUGGAUAUCUGUACAAAUAAUAGCACAGCUUUUGUUUUUUGUUUCUUUUUGUUUUUGUUUUUUUAUUAGAAUUAGGAUGAAAACCUAUUAAACCGUAGUUCGAUUCGAUCAGAGGAAAAGAGAUAUCUGUCAGCCAUGUUGCUGUGUUCUCGUUGAUCUCCUUGAGAUCUGAAUGACAUCAAACUUAUUUUUGAAGUUUGCAUUUACCCUGUUGUAUUAACAAAAGAAAAAAAAACAGAAAAAAAGAGAGAUCUCUUUUCCCAACAGAGAAGUUGUUUUUGUUAACUUGCUACUGGUCCUGAUUC